AUAUUCAGCAGCUUUUUAGUUGCACUCGCUACUUUCUCCUCGUGUGUCUCCCAGCCUCUCUUUUCUGUUCCGUCGAAAUCUGAAUAUCUACGCUGCUUAUUCUCACGCAUCUCAUCUCGUAGGUGUAGAAAGUGCAGUUGCACAUCUAAAACUGACAUAUCUAUCCGGUACACAUAUACAGUUGCGCGUGUUUGUCACUCCGACAUUGAAACCAUAUCGUUGACAGUAUGCGGCCUAUCAAACGAUUAAGAGGUUUACUUUACGAACGAAACAUUGUUGGAAUAAGAACCUGACACUGAAUUAUAGAUGGCCUAUAAAUAUACGCUUACGGAUGAUGCUCUCGACCCUCUCGACGUAGCCAUUUUAGAAUCGUAUAAAGUUCAUAUACUUCGAACUUCAUAUAUUUUUUGCAAGUAAUACUUCGAGGUUAUCGAUAUACUGUGAAGUCGAUCGAGAUAAUUUACAUUCAAAUGCGGUUUACAGCAUGUGGCCAAUUUAAACAUAAGAAAACGCUAAAGCAGUGAGAUACGAAAUUUGCUGAGAUUAUUAGAGCACCUGCCUAUAUUUAUAAAUAUAAAUCAUGAAAAUUAAUUAUACACAACUACCUAUAAAGGCGCAUUAUUUUUUUUUUAUGGCCGCUAUGGGUCCUAUUUUACCAUUUCUGCCAGUUUACGGCAAGCAACUCGGUGUUUCACCAUUAAUUAUGGGUAGCAUCACAGCAAUUUUACCUAUUUUAUUUCUGAUCGCCAAACCAGCAUUUGGCUUCAUCGUGGACUAUUUCCGCUCUAGGAGAAAAUUAAUAUUUAUAGCGCUACUUGCCGUAACAAGUAGUUGCUACAUUUUGAUGUACUUUUUACCAGCUUUGCCCGGUCCAUUCUUACCAGGUCAUCAGUUUCAAAAUGUUUCCUGUGCAUCUUUACCGCCUUGCGAUAUGGACUAUCAUACAAUGGAAUCAUGUAACAGUACAAAAAACACUAUGUGUCAUUGGAUAUGCAAGGACGCGAAUUUUUCUACAAGAUUGUCUUUUCAUGCGAUUAAAAAGGAAGCAGUUAUUUCACCGGAUACCACAUGCUUAUUAAAUAUUAAUGAGACAUCAUUGUGUCAAAAAAAUAUAACAAAGAAUUAUAAUUGUAAUGUUACUUGCGAUAAUUUUGAAGAUAAUCAUUGUUUAUAUACAUCUAUUACUUUUUGGGGAUUCGUGCUCUUAAUGUCUCUUGGUAAUAUUGGAUUUAAUGUUUCUAAUUGCAUGAGCGAUGCAAUUUGCUUUGACGUAUUGGGUGAAGGUGGACAAAUGGGAUAUGGUAGACAGCGAGUAUGGGGCACAAUCGGUUUCGGCAUAGCAGCAUUUUUGGCUGGGUACACAGUAGACUUGUGGUCGCAAGAAGAAAUCUACAAAACUUACACACCGGCGUUUCUUCUUGUACUCGCAUUUACUUCUAUCGAUUUAAUCUGUUGCAAAAAAUUGGAGCUUCCGCUUAUGUCAGGAUCGCCAAAUAUACUGAAAGAUAUAUGGACUCUUUUGAAAUUGAAACCUAUUGUUAUAUUUCUAUGUUUUACUAUCAUUGUGGGUAUCUUUGAUAGCUUUAUAAUUUACUUUUUGUUCUGGUAUUUGGAAGAUCUUGCUAUGGCGACUGGUUAUAUGGGCGAAAUUAAAUUGAUAGAAGGUCUAAUCGUAGCUGCAGAAACUCUCGGUGGCGAGAUAAUAUUCUUCUCUCUGUCCGGUAAAAUACUGAAGAAAUUUGGAUACGGUUACACUUUUACAUUUUGUUUAGUAUGCUACGCGUUGCGGCUGGGAUUAAUAUCUCUUGCUCCAACGCCAUGGUGGGUACUUCCCGUAGAAUUUUUUAUGCAGGGACCAACAUACGCACUUUGUUAUACAACAAUAGUAGCAUAUGCGAGCGUAAUAUCACCACCCGGCGCAUCAGCUACUGUUCAAGGAAUUGUAGCAGGGAUGGAUGAUGGUUUAGGUUUCGCACUUGGCAGUUUGAUAGGAGGUAUUUUAUAUAAGCAACUUGGUGGGGCAAUAACUUUAAAAAUAUUUUCAAUACUUGCAGUAUUAUCUGCAUUUAUGUAUUUCAUUCUUUACACUAUGUACUUAAAGCAUAAAAUACUAGACACACAUAGUAAUGUCGAAUGGAGAAAACCUGACGAUGCACAUUGUGUUGUAGCAGAAUGAUGCCCA